UCUAUGACGUCAAACGCCAGACAAUGAUUACCUAAACAAAGUUUUGUUAGUAUUAGUUUUUCUUGAUUUUUUAAUGUUAAAUAUUAUAACUGACCAUGGAUAAUUCAAUUUCAUUCGAGAAGUUAAUCAAGUAUCAGAUGAAGCGAAUUAAGGAGUACGAUCGCAAGGUCAAACCGGUGAAACCAACAGAAGAUCAAAGCACGGACACACACAACUAUGCCUUGGUGUCCGAGAUCCAGUGUCUCGUUGCGAACCUUCUGCAAUUCGUGAAGAUCAUCAAACACGCAACAUCGGUGGCGGACAGUGAUCUGCCCAAGAGAGAGAGGAAUGCUGAAGACCUUUUGGCAGGUGUGAUGCACAACAUCCAGCAGAUGAAGGGCCGGCUCUCGCAGUACCAGGAGAAGGUGUGUAUCCCCCGCCUCCAGGCCAAGGAGAUCCACCUCCAGAAACAGCAACAGGAGAUGGAGUACAUCAUGGACUGUCUCUGCAGUGGCAACACUGAGAGUUUGACACGUUUCGCCAUAGACAGUUCCGAUGUGAUUAAAUCCCGGAUAGAAAAUCUAAGCGCCACAGGGAAAGACAUCGGAAUCCUCCAGGGGGAGGUGUCUCACCUCACCUCCGACGUGAACGACAUCGUCGACAUCGUCAAAGACUUGAUCACCUCGGUGUCGUCGAGCGCCGUGUCCCACAGGUCGUCUGAGACUGGUCUCUUCAUGAGACGACUCGCCUCGCUCUCCCGAGACGACCCUUCCCUUGACGGGCACGACACCGCAAACUCGUCGCAGUGCUCUCUGGAAUUGGUGGAACACAUGACAGAGGAAGUGAAGCACGUCCCACGCAUACGCAGCGAACAGGACGCGGGACGCCGAAGCCUCCCGUCGAAGCUCGUGUCGGAGACCAGUCUAGGCACCAGUGCCAUGCCGAACGAUGGCGUCCUGUCCGACCCUCUCCGGGUGCUGUACUCCGACAGCGCCGUGUUUCGGAAAUUACAGAUGGGAACGACCAAUUCUGCGUUCGUCCCUGCCUUUAAGAAGUUGGCGCCGUCUGCCGGCCGUGCAACUAAUCAACCGGAAGCGGUUUUGAAGAGUAAACGUAACCAGCUGGAUUUAUCGGCCUUGUCGAGAGUUCCCGGAUCAGGUGAGCAGACGCCCACGAAGGAGGUAACUCAGAAGCCGAGUGACGAAGGCUUCCGAGAGCAGGAAGAUCGCAAACCGUUUGUUUCCGUCGGUUCUCCGGAAAGUUUUGCCACCGCUUUCCGAGGCAGAACUAUAUCGUCGAUGGAAGAAGAAAUGGCGCACGCAACUUUUGUCAAAACGGUCGUUGAAGUUGACUCGCGGGUUCUUCCUGAUGUAUUAGUAGCUGACGCCAAUUCCCAAACACAUCACACUGAAAUAGUUGCACAGUACGUCGCACAGUACGUUUUACAAAAUAGCGAACAUCAGAGAAGCGAAGCGGAUCAGUCAAUGGUGUUGGAAAACGCAACUGCAGCAAAUGCAGAAGCAGGAAAAGAAGCGAGAUUAACUCCCACGGAGAUUCAAGAAUGGAAAAAUACAAGCAUAAUUUCUCUACUAUCCCUAGAUGAGGAAAUGGCACGAAUAUCUCCAGUAGAGACCCAAGAAGGGGGGGAAUCAAGCAUAACUCCAACAGAAAUUGAAGAUGGAAGAAAAUCAAGCAUAACUGCAAUGGAGACCAAAGAAGUGGAACAAAUAAACAUAACUCCAUUAGAGUUUGAAAAUAGGAGCAAAUCAAACAUAACUCAAAUAGAGAUUGAGGAUGGGAGCAAAUCAAGAAUAACUCCAGUAGACAUUGAGGAUCGGAGCAAAUCAAGGACAACUCCAGUAGAGACCAAAGAAGCGGAAAAAAUAAACAUAACUCCAGUAGAGUUGGAAGAAAGGCAAAAAUCGAGCAUAACUGCAAUAGAGACCCAAGAAAUGGAACAAAUAAACAUAACUCCAACAGACUUUGAAGGAAGGGUAAAAUCAGGCAUAACUGCAAUAGAGACCAAAGAAGCGGAAAAAAUUAACACAACUCCAGUAGAGUUUGAAAAUAGGAGCAAAUCAAGGAUAACUCCAGUAGAGAUUGAUGAUGGGAGCAAAUCAAGGAUAACUCCAGUAGACAAUGAGGAUGGGAACAAAUCAAGGAUAACUCCAGUAGACAUUGAGGAUGGGAGCAAAUUAAGGAUAACUCCAGUAGACACUGAGGAUGGAAACAAAUCAAGGAUAACUCCAGUAGACAUUGAAGGAAUGGUAAAAUCAAGGGUAACUGCAAUAGAGACCCAAGAAGUGGAAAAAAUAAACAUAACUCCAAUAGAGUUGGAAGAAAGGCGAAAAUCAAGCAUAACUGUAAUAGAGACCCAAGAAGUCGAAAAAACAAACGUAACUCCAAUAGAGUUUGAAGAAAGGCGAAAAUCAAGCAUAACUGCAAUAGAGACCAAAGAAAGGGAAAUGAUAAACAUAACUCCAGCAGAGUUUCAAGAAAGGCGGUCAAGCAUAACUCUAAUACUAGCCGAAAUGGGGAAAAAAGCAAGCAUAACUCGAACCGGCGAGGGGGCCAAAUCAAGCAUGGGUCUGAUGGACUAUGGGAGUGUUGCGAAAGAGCCAGCGAACCUGAUUUCUCUAACUCCCUCUACUCUUUCUCCCUCUUCAACUCCUUCGCCUUCUCCUCACGCCAAGGCUCGUUCCAUCCACGAAACGAAGGACGAGAGAACGUCGAUGACGUCAGUGCUGUCGUCAGAAGGCGCGAGGGAUGACGCGUCGACGUACAGCACACAGAACGACAUGGAUCUGUUCUCGGCGGUGGCCAAGGAGAGAAUCAAGGAAAUCCAGAACCUCAUCGGCCUGCACGACUUGCGCGAUUUUCGACAGUACGAUCCCCAGAACGCCGUGUUGAAGUCUGACGAAGACAAGAGAACGACGUCCAAGCGGUUCCUGAGAGGCUUCGGCAUCUUCGUCACCCUCAUGGUACUGUUGAUCUGCUUGCACAGCGUCAUCGAAUCCAAUAUGUUUUCAGACUUUGGUUCCUUUGAACAGGUGUUGGCCGGAAUCAUUCAGGUUCGACCUCCUGGUGAGGCGCUGUACUGAAUAGGACUAAAGGCUCAUAAACACUGGAUGCGACGCGUGCGUGCGGUUCGGUUGUUGCGUCUGCGGCUUGCGUUUAAGACAAAUAAACCAUACACCAAGUGCUCUCCGGUCGCAAUUGAGAAAAUACCUCCCCUCACCUUCCUUAUCUCAUAUAUCUCAUAUAUAUAUAUAUAUAUACAAAAACAAGAUUUAUGGUGUUCAACCACAACUGAUAAAAUACACUCCCUCCCUCCCCCCCCUCCCUCCCUCUCUCUCUCUCUCUCUCUCUCUCUCUCUCUCUCUCUCUCUCUCUCUCUCUCUCUCUCUCUCUCUCUCUCAUAUAUAUACACAUCAAGAUUUAUGGUGCACUGAGUUAAGUGUAUUAUUAUACUAAUAAUGUUAACCAUAGUUCAUUUAAAACUAGUCGGAAGUUGUGGGUGGGGUGUGAACUUACAUCCCAAUAGCACCAACAUUGACUUGCCAAGCAUUUUCCUUUCUUUUCACACACUAUUCCAAACAAUAGGAAUUCUUUUAAAUUGUUCCAUUAAAUAUUAAUCUUCCUGUAUUUUAAAUAGCAUUUGUAUACAAUGUUUUGCAACAUGUCACAAUUCACCAAUUAAUCAGAGCGGUCGAUUAUUUAAUUGUGGCUGGCCACAUGCCUUUUCAAGACGCACGCAUCGCAAACAUGGAGUCCAGAAGCUCUCAUUAUUUUUUUAGCCGAAUCGCACGCACACACCGCAUGCAGUUUUUAUGAGCGUUAAAGAGCAAAAGCAACGAACAAAAACCAACGAAUGUAACAUACACGUUGUACUGAAUUGUUUUAUUUCAUAGUUGUAUUAAAAUGUUGUUCCGA